AUGUUAUUACAAAAUAAUCCACCAGCAACUACGUGUCCAACGAUGCAUCCAACAUUUUUACAACAAUCCACACUACCUUCGCAAUAUUUAACUACUAACAAUUCACAACAACAACAGCCAAAUUCAGUCUAUCCAUCACGUCCACCAAUUUAUAAUGGACCGUCACUCAUUUCUCCAUCAUCUCUACAGUGGUUACAAACAAAUGGAGGAAGAAUAAUGCCAGAUAGUCGCUUAUUACCAACAACAACAGCCACAUCCUCGCAUACAUCAUUGAUGAUUCAACAACAAGAACAAAAUCAAACAAUUCAAUUCGAUGAAAAUCUAUCGUAUAUAAAUAAUAAUUAUAUGAAAAAAGAACAAAUAUUUCGUCCAACAAUGAUAACAACUGGAAUAAAUCCGUCUUCAACGGUCACAAAUCGUGGUGGACCUCUGUUAACAAAAAAUGAUUUAUAUUCCUUACAAGAAUCAACGACUGUUGUUCCAACAUUAGUAUCAUCACAAAAUGGUUUAACUGGUCCUGUUCAAACAAGUUCAACCAUUCCUCCAUCAUCAGCUACUGCAUAUGUAACAUCGACGAAUACGUCUCCUCAUCAACCAACAUUAUCUAGUCAAUAUCAUCAUCAUUAUCAAUAUGCAACAAUUGCAGCUCAACCUCAGACACGUACAACAACAACGACAAAUGGAACAACUAAUGGACUUAUUCAUCAGUCUGAUUCAGCACUUACUGCUCAUCCACAAUAUCAUCAUCAACUGAUAUUACAACAACAACAGCCUUUGAUACCUUCUUCAACGUCAAAUUCAUCUUCGUCAUCUUCAUCACCAUCACACCAACAAAAUGUCAAUCAUUUAUCAUCAAAUCCUUAUUUGAAUGGAUCAAGUGAAUCUCAAUCUCAAACAUUAAUGAACAGUAAUCAUAAAAACAGUCAGUCACCAGAUCAAAAUGAUACGGCUCAAUCAAAUUCUAGUUCAACAUCAUCUUCGAUCAAUAAUAAGUCUCCACAAAACAAUCACUCAUCGAGUGUCACUCCACCAAAUACCAGUACGUCAUCUUUAUCGGCUACCAGUAGCAGUGGUACAGCAGCGAAUUCAUCAAAUACUCAAAAACGUUUACAUGUAUCAAACAUACCGUUUCGUUUUCGAGAUGAAGAUUUAAAAGCAAUGUUUGGACAAUUUGGUGAUAUUGUUGAUGUUGAAAUUAUUUUCAAUGAACGUGGAUCAAAAGGUUUUGGAUUUGUGACAUUUGCUCUGUGUGAAGAAGCUGAUCUUGCACGAGAAAAAUUACAUGGUGCUGUUGUUGAAGGAAGAAAAAUUGAAACUGUUGUUCCAACAUUAGUAUCAUCACAAAAUGGUUUAACUGGUCCUGUUCAAACAAGUUCAACCAUUCCUCCAUCAUCAGCUACUGCAUAUGUAACAUCGACGAAUACGUCUCCUCAUCAACCAACAUUAUCUAGUCAAUAUCAUCAUCAUUAUCAAUAUGCAACAAUUGCAGCUCAACCUCAGACACGUACAACAACAACGACAAAUGGAACAACUAAUGGACUUAUUCAUCAGUCUGAUUCAGCACUUACUGCUCAUCCACAAUAUCAUCAUCAACUGAUAUUACAACAACAACAGCCUUUGAUACCUUCUUCAACGUCAAAUUCAUCUUCGUCAUCUUCAUCACCAUCACACCAACAAAAUGUCAAUCAUUUAUCAUCAAAUCCUUAUUUGAAUGGAUCAAGUGAAUCUCAAUCUCAAACAUUAAUGAACAGUAAUCAUAAAAACAGUCAGUCACCAGAUCAAAAUGAUACGGCUCAAUCAAAUUCUAGUUCAACAUCAUCUUCGAUCAAUAAUAAGUCUCCACAAAACAAUCACUCAUCGAGUGUCACUCCACCAAAUACCAGUACGUCAUCUUUAUCGGCUACCAGUAGCAGUGGUACAGCAGCGAAUUCAUCAAAUACUCAAAAACGUUUACAUGUAUCAAACAUACCGUUUCGUUUUCGAGAUGAAGAUUUAAAAGCAAUGUUUGGACAAUUUGGUGAUAUUGUUGAUGUUGAAAUUAUUUUCAAUGAACGUGGAUCAAAAGGUUUUGGAUUUGUGACAUUUGCUCUGUGUGAAGAAGCUGAUCUUGCACGAGAAAAAUUACAUGGUGCUGUUGUUGAAGGAAGAAAAAUUGAAGUGAAUAUGGCUACAGCUCGAUCACAGUCGAAACCAAAACAAGUUGUUCCGAAUCCAUUUGGUAUGAUGAUGAGUGCAACUCGACAACGUCCAACAUUGAUUCCAGCAACACAAGCAGGUUUAAGAUCAAAUUUCGCUACCAGUGUUGCACUUCCUGGUGGAUAUACCAUAUAUUCUGAUCAAUUAGCAGCACUUGGUGGUAUGACUGCUUAUCCAUUAACAGCACAAACCGGAGGUAUCCGAUAUAUUACGACAGCACCUCCAGGCGUCGGACAACCGGGUGGAACAUAUACGAUUGGUGUUCUUCCAAUGGGAAAUGGAACUGGUCAACCGACUGGUUAUAUCAUUAAUAGUCAACCAGCUCAAAUGGCAACGACUCAACAACUAGGACAUGCUUACCCGGAAACUGCUUAUAUAACUACUGCGCCUGGAACAAUCGGACCUAUUCCAAGUAUGAAUAAUACGGUACAUCGUUAUCGGCCAUAUUGA